AAUAAACAUAAACCCUCUCUUACAUUUUUUAACCUAUCUGAGAAGAAAACGGACUCGCCGAUUCAAAUCUCCAGUCUGUCGAGAAAUGGGGAGUAGAUUGGGAGGACGAGUGGUUCAUUUCGCGAAUCUUCCGAUAAAGCUUCUGAUGCCUACAAAGCUCACGAACAUCCACGAAUUCGCGCUCAAAACGAUCCCUUCCGCGACCAAGAUUGAGAUCAAGCGAGUCCUCGAGUCUCUCUACGGAUUCGAGGUCGAAAAGGUGAAUACUUUAAACAUGGAUGGGAAGAAGAAGAAGCGUGGGGGAUUAUUGAUUGCAAAGGCGGAUUACAAGAAGGCUUACGUCACUCUCAAAAACCCUUUAUCCAUUUCUAGGGAUUUGUUCCCGGUGAAGUUUAUCGAAGAAGAUAGAAAGAGUAAAGCGAAAGGAUCCAGCUUUGUGGAGGAAGAAGACGACAAAAAGAGUCACUGGCUUGAGCAGAAGGAGAAGAGGGAAAUCGGCGGUUAUGGGAAAGGUAAAGGUCGUCGCGGCGGUGAGAGGUCGAAUUCGCCGGCGAGGGCUGCUGCUGUGGCGGGGGCGAAGUUUCCAUGGAGCAACAUGAGAUUUGGCGUUGCUGUUAAAAAGAGACGAGCUUGAUCGUGAAUCUGAAUCGUAUAAGCUCUCAGAGAUUGUCUGUUAUUUUGGCGAAUAAAUCUUUAAUCUUUCUCUACUUAUGAUUAUGGAAGACAUUAGCUAUGAGCUCGCAAGAAUUUAAAGCCUUUUCCAUUUUUUACAAUCUGCAAGAAUGCAUAAGCGUAUAACUCCUACUAGUCAUGGUGUAUUAUAUUUGUCUAUGCCUCUGUGGAGAUGGGUUUAUGUUCAGUCACAUAAGAAUGUAAAAGUAGAUAUGCCAAAACGUUUUGUAAAUUAUAACAAUUCA